AUGGUCAACUCCUGUUGUGGCUCUACCUGCUCUGAGGAGGGCUGCUGCCAGCCCAGCUGCUGCAGGCCCCAGUGCUGUACCUCUAGCUGCUGCCGCCCCAGCUGCUGUGUGUCCAGCUGCUGCAGGCCCUGCUGCCAGUCUGUGUGCUGCCAGCCCUGCUGCCGCCCCAGCUGCUGCCGCCCUACCUGCUGCAUUUCCAGCUGCUGCAGGCCUUGUUGCCAGCCCAGCUGCUGCCGCCCCAGCUGCUGCAUCUCCAGCUGCUGCAGGCCCCAGUGCUGCACCUCCAGCUGCUGCAGGCCCCACUGCUGCAGGCCCCAGUGCUGCACCUCCAGCUGCUGCAGGCCCCAGUGCUGCAUUUCCAGCUGCUGCAGGCCCCAGUGCUGCACCUCCAGCUGCUGCAGGCCCCAGUGCUGCACCUCCAGCUGCUGCAGGCCCCACUGCUGCAGGCCCCAGUGCUGCAUUUCCAGCUGCUGCCGCCCCAGCUGCUGUGGUUCCAGCUGCUGCCGGCCCUGCUGCUGCCUGCGUCCAGUGUGUGGCCAGAUCUCCUGCCACACCACUUGCUAUCGCCCUACUUGCGUCAUCUCCACCUGCCCCCGCCCCAUGUGCUGUGCCAUGCCUUGCUGUUGA